AUGCAGGACCGGGGAGGAGUGCGCGUGCGACGCCGCAUGGACAAAUCCAGAACCGUGCCCACGGACCAGCAGCCCUUCAACGAGCUGCAGGAGCUCAAGGAGGACCCCCUGUUCGGUUGGGCGCAGGAGGAUUCCAAGGGCCUGGUCACUCGGUUAGCUCUCAUCUACGCGGUCGCAAUGGCUGUCAGCAUUCCCAUCGGCACCACGACGUUUCCGAACCAGCUGCCGGAGGCCUUGCUGGCCGCAAACAUCGGGGGUUUGGGUGUUCUUUUGGCGGUGGCUAUUCGGCUGUACAGCGGCUGGAACUACGUAUCCCUUCGCCUCGGAGCCGAAGUCGUGGAGUACGAGGAGUCAGGUUGGUACGACGGCAGUGAGUGGUAUAAGCCCCCGGACAUCCGCGCCAGAGACGAGAUGCUCAACAACUACGAGGUGCAGCCGGCGGUCGACCGUCUCAAAGCGGUUCUCGGCGCGAUCGGGCUCGGAUUUAUCCUUACGGUGGUUGGGUUCAAGGUGGUGGUGCCGGAUGACCCGUACGCGAUGCUAGACGACACAUACCUCAACACCCUCAAGGGUGACGAUGACAUUGCGAACGACGCCGCCAAGAAGGCGGCAGCAAGGGGUACGAACCGGCCCGUCUAUUGCGAGUCGCGGUACUACCAGGCCAUGGCGGGUGGCGGCCUUUUGUGACAAGUAGAGAGCGGUCGCAACGUUACAGUUAUCCUUGCUGUGGCUGGCUGGCUGGCUGGCUGGCUGGCCGCUCGCUCGGUACGUCGGCAGCGCACGUUGGCUUGCGCGUACGGUAGAUGCAACACAGAUGGAGCGUGGGGGGGGGGGGGGGGGUGAUGGGCUCGAUCAGGUUUAUUCUCCACCGCACCGUGAGGAGAGAAGAGAGCGCAAGCAUUCCUUUGUCUCUACAGGCGCACUGCGGCGGUGUGGGGCUGAUUAGCGCUGGCAUUGUCUUCUCCCGAUGCCCGCUACUGGAAUGCACGCUCUCUAAUUUUGUUCGCCUGAAAGUAUGACUCGUCUUGACAGAGGCAGGCAUGAGGUUCGAAGGGCUGUGUAUCGUGUCCGACACGUUCCGCCCCGCAGAUGAUGCGAUUCAGGCUGCGUAACAGUCCGUUAUUUCCCCAGCCCAACCGCACAUGCGUACAAUAUGCCCCAUGUUUUCGUUCCCUCGCUUGAUGCCGCGCGAAUUGGGGGAUUUGGGUAGUCGGAAUGUUGAUUGCCAACCAAAACGUGCUGUUUACCAGAGAUUUUUGUGUUAGAGGUCACCCCCUGAUCCGCCAUGUGAUUAAUCUCCUCGCGCCAGGUGCCCAGUACUUUACCCCUGGUGUUAUGAGUGCACAGGCAGCGGCUAGGGGGACGCUUAGAGUGUGAAAUAUUAGGUGGUGGUUGAUAUAGAGGCCGGAGUCGAGCGGCACAACACAAGGCGGGACCGGUACACACGAUAGUGGUUCUUUGGGAGAGGGCGGAACCACGCGGUGAAUGCAUUGGACUGUUCGUAGUUUGUGCAUGAGUUUGGGGAGUUGGGGUGCGCUUCAGGUGUGGGAUUUAGAACGCUUGGAUCACCGGCCCUGCGAUCAAACCAGGGAAUUGGCGCCAAGAAGUGUGGGCUUAUGCGCGUGGGCUUAUGCAUAUGCCUUGUGUACAGUCUUUUCUACGACGAGAGGGAUUCAUGACUGUCGGUGCCUGUACAUUGGUGGUAUUUCGUGCGGCUAUAUAUAGCGUCGGCGGUGAGGGUCAGAGAAGGUGGCGAGCUUCGUUAUUUUUUGUUAUUUUAGGAAUGGUUGUGGUGGCGUAGGACCGGGGUGGUGCUGGACGGUGUGUGUGCGGCAAGAUUUUGGGUAUUGGUGACGAGCUGGACACACACUGGCGGACUGAAGGCACCUCUUGCUAGAGAAGAAGGCCGAAUACAUCUCCCGGGGUUUAAGUUUUGACUUACUGUAUGCAACUGACGUUUCACGAUUAAUGGGCCUGGUGGCUUUUGGUGUCUCUGGUCAGUCCACCAUCAACAGGUUCGCACCGUUAUUUGAUGCGGGUUGUGAUGAUAGUGUCGCUUAGGAGGAGUCAAACGGCGGCGACCGUCAAAUUAUCGGGUAGACCGCAAGCGACCCACGCGGCGA